AUAUAUAAUCGAGUCCAUGGAAGUUGAGGAUUUUCAUUUGGGUUAUUAUCUUUUUGCUGACUUAGAUAUCGUUUUUGGACACUUUCUUGUUUUUGGACAGUGUUGAUAUCUUCUUCUACAUGCAUGUGACAAUUUUGAAGACUUCUGUUUUUCUCGGAGCUUUUGGUUAUUGAGAGAUUGAUUCUGGAAUGGUUUGGGUACAAUAAAUAAGGUUCAUAGGCUGGUGAAUGAGAACUCAGACAAUGGGGUCUCAAGGUGGUGCUGUCCAAGAGCCCAAGUUGCAGGAGUCUUUGACUCGGCAAGGCUCCUUGUACAGUCUCACUCUCGAUGAGGUCCAGAACCAGCUUGGUGAUUUGGGGAAACCACUUGGCAGCAUGAAUCUCGACGAACUUCUGAAGAGCGUAUGGACCGCAGAAGCUAGUCAGGGCACCGGAACGGUUGUAGAUAGUUCAGGUGCUCAGGCAGGCCAGGGCACCUCUGCCUCAUCCCUGCCUCGGCAAGGGAGCCUAACCUUGUUUACUGAUCUUAGCAAAAAGACUGUUGAUGAGGUUUGGAAGGAUAUUCAACAGAAAAAGAAUGGCAGCCAAGAAAGGACGACAGCUCAGGAACGGCAUCCUACUCUUGGCGAGAUGACCCUAGAGGAUUUCUUAGUGAAAGCAGGAGUGGUUGCCAAAUCCCCAUCGGCCCAGAAGGGUGGUGUUGCUCCUGGUUUAGGCGUUGAUACAAUUGCUCCAGCGCAACAUGAUGUUUCACAACAUAUUCAAUGGAUGCAAUACCCAAUCCCUUCAAUGCAGCAGCCACAGCAACGUCAGCAUCAACUGAACACAAUGGCAGUUUUUAUGCCUGGCCAUGUGGCUCAGCAGCCACAUCUGGAUAGUGGUAAUGCCAUCUUGGAAGCAGCAUAUGAAAACCAAAUGAUAAUGUCCCCGUCAUCUUUGAUGGGUACUUUAUCAGAUACCCAGACGCCUGGGCGGAAAAGAGUUGCUCCUGAAGAUGUGGUUGAGAAAACUGUAGAGAGGAGGCAAAAGAGAAUGAUUAAGAAUAGGGAAUCAGCUGCCCGGUCGCGGGCAAGGAGACAGGCAUAUACACAUGAACUGGAAAAUAAGGUCUCACGUCUAGAAGAGGAAAAUGAAAGGCUCCGAAGACAGCAGGAGAUGGAGAAGAUGUUGCCAACUGCACCGCCUCCGGAGCCAAAGAACCAGCUUCGAAGAACAAGCUCGGCCCCAUUCUGACAAGCGUUUUCCCAUGUAUUACUGUAACUCUCAGUGUAUUGUGGUGGUUAUGUCAUCUAAUAUUAACUGGCUGAACUAGUUUGGAAGUCUCUCCUUUAUUGAAGAGGAUUUUCCUUUUUUUCUUUCUUUUUUUUUUUUCCAAAUUUGUGGAAAGGGUUAGGAGAGGGUUUUGUGGUUGCGAGUGGUGAGGACUGCAUUUGGAACUUUUCUUUUUUUUUUUUUCCUUUUUUUUUUAACGGAGCUGUGUUGAUAUUAUGUUCUUGCUGUCUGAUCUCAUUAGUCUCUGGCUCACAACCAAUAGGAUUUUGUGUUAUUUGGGGGCUGAUUUUUACGGGCAUACAACAGUCGUCCAAAAAAAAAAAAAUUUGAGAAUGUCAAGAGGUGAAAAAUUCGUCACGUUGAGUGACAA